AUGUCAGAUGCACCCGUCCAUGACAUACUCGUCGAUGACCCUGACGCGACAGAGUCAGAGAGGACCAACCAACAGACAGACUCCGUGGCGGCCGGCAUAGACCCGCCUUGGCCACCUCCCGCGCCUCAAUGGUACACAUCAUCCAUCUUCGGUACUUCGGGCAGACAAGCUCGGAACAGAGCCGCCGGGCCAUACGACCAUACACACCAGCAGACGCCGGACGAGAUUGCGGCGGCACAGGCCAGGGCUGACUGGCUCAAGGCGGACCACGAAAAGAGAGUGGCGGACAAGGCUGCGGAGAAUAAGCGCAAGCGCGAGCGCCAAAAGGCUGUAGUUUCGGGCCAGAGUACGACUGUACGCAGGUCGUCUCGUAUUGCGGCUGCUUCUGGCGCUAGUACUAGUGUCAGUGGUGUUGCUACGCCGCCUGCUGGGUGCUUUGCUCGUCCGUCUACUACUCCUCGUCGCUCGCCUCGUCUGGGUGCUGCUGCCAGUCCGCCAGUUGGGUAUUUUGCCCAUCCUUCGACUCCGCGACAGACUCCUCACGCUUCUGAGGCUCUGAACCCUGCUCCUGAACAGUCGGAACCCGGUCCUAGCCCUUUUGCGGCUCCCAGUCGCCCACGUACGCGUCUUCCCAAUCGUCGUCCUGGGUCUGCGGUUCCCAGUCGCCCUACUGGCUUAAUUCGUGACCUUCAGCAUCUUUCUGGUAAUGCUGGUGGCUAUGGGUAUCCUCCUCGCACGUCACGCCAUCCACCUCCUCCCGGUACUUCAGGUUAUGAUCCCACUCAUUAUCCUUGUCCUGCGGCAUCACACGCUCAGGCGCUCCCGCCACAUAGUCCUUGUGAUUCUUUUGCGGGCCCUGCUCGUCCGGGACCUCCGCCUCGUCUUGAUACGGCAGCUCCUGCUUUAUAUGACCAGUCUGUCCAGUCUGCCUAUCCCCAGUCCGCCCCUGCGCACUCUAUUCAUUCCCAGUCGGCUCAUCCUCCGUCUGCAUAUCCUCAGUCUGCCCAUGUCCAGUCGGCUCAUACCCAGUUUGCUGAUACCCAGUCUGUUCAUCCCCAAUCUGACCAGGCCCAAGUUGCCCCUGAUCAUCCCGAUAUACCCCAGCCUGAGUAUUCCCAGUAUGCUGCUGCAGGCCGUCCAGUACACGUGGCCCGUCCUGGUCCAUCUGCUUCAGGUCCGUUUGUUCCUCAGCGAUUUAGUUCUGCCACUGGUGCUCCUAUUCAAUCGACUACAUAUCCUAGUGGUGAGCCUCUCCUUCCUCCCCCUUCGGUUGGUGUUCGUUUUGAUACUCUUCGCAGUUCGCGUCGCGGUGCCAUAUGUCGCUAUUCUCCGCCUGACAAUCCCACUGUUUCUCCUCCUCGCGACCUUGCUCAGCUUCGUAUUGACGAUUCCAAUCCUCAUAUGACGCUUCCUUCUCUUGAGACUGCUCUUACCUCGACUUCUGGCCCUGUUUUAAAUUACCCUAUUCAUACAGCACAUCAUGCUUGCGACCCUCAACCCGUACCUCAGUACUAUGAUGGACUUGGACCUGAAUCUGAGCUCUCUGCUGCACCUCAUCCUGCUGCUACUGAACCUCACCCUACUGGUUCUGCUCCGGGUCCUCCUUCUUGGUCUAGUAGCCGUCACAGUACUAGUCAUUCACGAGCAGGUCAGCAACGAGCCAGUCAGCGUCUGCCUGCUGGUCAUCGCCCUAUUAGUCAAAUUCCUACCAGUUUUCAACCUGUUGGUCACAUCCCUGCCAGGCGUCGCGAACCUGACUAUUACGCUCCUGGCUAUCGCUCUGCUAGUUAUCACCCCAGCGCUUAUCCCCGGCUUGGCGCGACGCUCGAGAACAUCCUGCCGCCUGGUGCGCGCAUCAUCCUGCCGCGGAUGUCGCCGCCUGCGAACGCGCACAAUUGGCGAGGCUUCCAGACGUACCCGAAUGCAGAGCCAGAGGAUUCUCAUCCUCAGCCUGUUCAGCCGAGGCUAUUUAGCGCUGGCACAGCUCCCGCGCGUCCCGGUGAGGAUCGAGGUUUUGAUGCAUUCUACACCCACCCCCCGCUGCGUGGCGCGGGGAUCCCCAACGAGAGACCUGAUGGUGAUGAAUUCAUGAUGGGCGAACCCAUUCCUAUGACGACCUCAGAGUUGGGCCGUGAGAGCUCCUCGCCUCCUCCAAGCUCGUAUAUAUCUUCAACGGGCGAGUCUGCGCCUCCAAUUCGUGGUGGGCGUGCUCGAGGUGGUCGAGGUGCUGGUCGAGGUGGUCGAGGCGGCCGAGGUGCUGCCAGAGGAGGCGCUGCUGCGCCCAGUGCUGGACGUGGCCGUGGUCGUGGCCGUGGCCGUGGUCGUGGUCGUGGUCGUGGAGGAGGACGUGGCGGCGCGGCAGCUGCAGCACCUGAGGCACCAGAGAGGAUAUCGGGGGAAUCUGACGAAGUGAUGGGAGAGAGCUCAGGGGGCUCAUCGGUUGGCAUCGCCAUGGAGCUCGACUAA